UUCCUCUUCAUUCUCUUCUCUUUUAUUCUUCUUUCUUCUCCUCCUCCCCUGUUCGGUAGCUGCUGCAAUUCUGAGAGUGUGAGAUCGAGAGGACAAGAGAUGGAAACAUGAUUAAGAAAUCAGUUUGAAGUGUAAGUGGGUUAGGAAUGAAUUAAGAGGAGAGAAAUAAUACAUGUGAUGCCGAUAUGGAAUGAGAAAUCGAAGUUAGGGUUAUUGGAGGUUAGACUUUUAGAUUUGGUCUUGAGAUUUUAUUCAAUUAAUCAGUGUUUUGAGUAACCGAUGGAUGAAGAAUGAGAGGGUUGGUGUUUAAUUGAAGUUUUGAAGUGUAUUCAGUGAUGAAUCAAGGAAUUAGGGUUUGUAAGAAGAACUCAGAGAAGCUGAAAUUGAAGAUGUGAAGAAGGUUGUUAUAGUUUUGAUUUAGGGAUUUGGUUACAGAGAAGACGAUUAAGAGAUUCGCAGAAUUAGGGUUCUGUUCUAGUGUUUCUGAGAAUCAAAGGUAAUGAUGAGGAUUGAGGGGUUGUUGUUGUUGUUAAUCUUGAGAUGAUGUUGAAUGAACAUAGUUGGUGGGUUGUUGUAGUUUCAAGAAGAAUUGAAGAAUCGAUUCAAAACAAGAAGAUGAGCUGAUCUCAAUUUUGCUGGAAUGGAACUAUUUAAGGGGUGGGAUUGAGGAGUGUUUGCUCUAGUAAAAAACUUCUUCAAGAAAUGAAGAAAUUGGAAAAAAAAAUCAUGGACAAUCAUCAAACUCCGAUUACAUCAGAAAAGGAAGAAGAAGAAGAACAAGUUAGAAACUGGCUUGAUUUGCCUUCUGAUAUUCUGGCUCUUAUAUUUCUGAAAUUAGGGGCAAUUGAUAUCUUACUUUGGGCUCAAGCAGUUUGUUCUGUUUGGCGGAAUUUUUCCAAACAGCCUAUGUUGUUUCGUGCUGUAGAUCUGAGGAAAAGGUGGGGUAUCUUUGAUGAUAUCGAUAUGCAAAAGAUUGCCGAAGAAGCCGUGGAUAGGAGUUGUGGCCAGUUGGUUGAGUUCUCUAUGUCAGAUUGUGGUAGCAAUGACAUUUUAACAUAUGUUGCUUAUAAGUCUGGUGCAUUGAGAUGUCUUCGGCUUGAAAAUUGCUAUCGACUUAGCCGUGAUGCAUUGAUAAACAUGGCCAAGAAAGUUGUUUUUUCUUGGUGGAUAAGCUUGAUGAUGUGCUUAAAACUGUUGGAAAAGCAUGCCCUCAGCUAAAAUCAUUCCAGCUCAACUAUCUAAGUGUUGUGAUAACACAACAAAUUAACAAUCAGGAAGGAUAAAAUGUGAUAAAAAUGAAGGAUAAAUCUCAAAUCCGUGAGGAUUGAGCCAAAUCUGUGUUCAUCAGAACGCAGCCAAAGGGUUUUAGUUUCAUUAACUUUCAGAUAAUGAAGAGAUGAACUCUUCUUACAA